AUGAACUUCCUAGAGAAUAUAACUUUCAGGCGCACACGUACAAAAUCCGACUCAAAUGAUGUAAGUAUACAACAAUCAAAUGAAUCUCGCCUAGAUGGCACCACUAAUAGUUUGCCAGAAGUGUCGGAUGAUGAGGACGAAGUUUCGAAGUUAAAACAACAAAUUAGUAAAUUACAAGCUGAUCUAAACAGUGCCCAUAGUGAAAUAGAAACGCUCGCGUUAGAAAAUAAUGAACUUCGACAAUCGAAGGAAGAACUGAUAAAAAAAAAUGAGUUAUAUAAGAAACUUAUUAGCAGCCCAACAAAGUUUAAAAUAAAUACACCAAAAAGAACAGAAAAAGUAAUAAAUAAAGAAUUAAAUAUCACAAAACAUAAAAAAAAUAUAUCACAAGAAAACAGUGAAAUUGCAAAAAUAAAUGAUAACAAUGUAAAUACUGAUUGUAAUAGAACUUUGUUUAAUAAGUGUAAUAAAAGCAAAAUAAACAAGCGCAUUGAAAUGCAUAGUAGUGAGAAAAUGAAAUUGAGUAAAAUAUGUAUGCUGAGUACAAGUAAACGUAACAAAUUAUUAUCAAUUGCUCGAACUGAGUUCAAUGAUUACAAUAUCUGCCACUAUUUAAUGCCCGGCGGUGGUACUGCGGCUCUGCUGAGUGGUUUGAAAUCAAAACUAGUCAAUUAUACCAUGGAAGACUACUGUGUAAUUUUUAUAAGCUCUGAAGAUUUCACUACAACAAAGGACUAUUUAGAACUGAUUUACUCCUUACGGAACGCAUUACAAGAUAUAACAAACACGAAUUUAAUUAUAUGUCUACCAAGCUUUAGAUGUAACACCCUAGCAAAUAUGUACAACUGGAGAAUUGAACACUUUAAUAAUUUGUUAUACUUGGACGUAACAACUCAUGAAUAUGCGCACGUACUGGACACAAAUCUACAUCUAAGUUAUGACCAUACCAUGUUUAACAUGAGGACAGGUUGGAUUAACAAAAGUGGCUUAUACGCCGUUUUUAAGGACUUACACACAUUGAUACGCGACUUACAAGCAUAUGAAAUUGAAGGUACUAACACCCCUACGUCAUCUGAGAGUAAUGAUCAUGUCAGAAGCGACAUAAAGUUUUUUCUGUGA